CACGUUCCUAACCGGCCAGUUUAGUGUACACGCCGCGCGCGCCCUGGCCAGAUCCCGCUUAUUUUUGAAUUUUAGAAUAGUUCCAAUUGACAUUUAAUAAUUCAAAAAUGAGCCGAAGAAAAGAUCAAAGGGAUGAUGGACAAAUUAUCAUGCUCAGGCGCGCGUUCAGCAUGUUCGACUCAGAGAAGCAGGGCCGCAUUGAGAAGGAGAAAGUCAGGACAAUACUGAACACUAUGGUGCACAAUUACGACGACCUGGAACUUGACAGAAUGCUGGACAGCGAGGAUGCUGAAGCAUGUGGGAAGCUAAACUUCGAUUCAUUUGUGCGCGUCGCCAUUCACUUCUUGGAAGAAGACGAUGAGAAAUUACAGAAAGAACUUAAAGAAGCCUUCAGACUUUAUGAUAAGGAAGGCAAUGGCUACAUCCCCACGUCAAGUCUCCGAGAGAUCCUGGCAGCUCUAGAUGAGCAGCUCACACCAGACCAGCUGAACGAAAUGAUCGCUGAGAUCGACACUGACGCUUCAGGCACCGUGGACUUUGAUGAAUUCAUGGCGAUGAUGACUGGUGACUAGCGAUUCGAAUCUUCCAAGACUAGAGUGCGGUCC